CACAACUGUUGACCGCCCAGUGGCGGGUUUGUGAAGUACACCCCAACACGUCAACUCCGAGAACGGCUGCUGUGAUUGGCUGUCGUCUGUCACGUGUUAAUUCUGAAGAUGGCGUCGCCAAAUGGAGGUGACGAUUUUGAGUCUUCUCUGCUGAGUUUUGAGAAGUUGGACAGAGCGUCGCCAGACCUAUGGCCUGAACGGUUGCCCGGAGUUGCAGAAUUUGCUGCAUCUUGUAAAAAUCCCAUCACUAAUUCACCCCCCAAGUGGAUGGCUGAACUAGAGAGUGAAGAUAUUGAAAUGCUCAAAGAACUAGGAAGUUUGACCACAGCCAACCUGAUGGAGAAGGUCAAAGGCCUUCAGAACCUCGCCUACCAGCUGGGCUUAGAGGAGUCAAGGGAAAUGACCAGGGGGAAAUUCCUGAACAUCUUGGAGAGAGCCAAGAAGUGACAAAUCCAGUUUUGUUGUUUGUUUUUGUUGGUUUGUGAUUUCUAAAAUGUGAUGUAUAUGUGUAGAAACACGACAAACAAAAGACUGUGCCGAGGUCCUCUUCUUACAAAACUCCAUUCUAGAUAGAAGCCUUUCCUUUAACCCUUUAACAUCUCCCCCUCAAAAUGAUCCGACUGGACUUAAUUUUGUGCUAAAUGUUAAAAUACUGUUUUAAAAGUGUAAAAUGAAGAAAAACAAGAAGUUUUACUACACAAACAACAUGUUAAAUUUGACAUUUGAACAGUGUAAGCACAUUUACAAUAAGAUUUUUUUUCUUUGUCUCUCUGGCGACAAAGACACUGGUUAUCCGGCUUCCUUGAAACGGCGCAUGUGAAAUUUCCCGUAAUAUCCACACGUUGGCUCUGACGGGCGACUUUCUCAGCUUUCAGAAACCGUCGCGUAACCGCGGUAACGCAUACGCAAUACGCUCGGUGUUAAAGGGUGAAUGGAAAACUUAAACAGAAUCUCUCUGUAGCUUGUUAGACCUCUUUUGAUUGCAGGUAUUUAUUCUUAUUUCUAUUUUAAACAUGAUUUGUGUGCAGUUGUGAGGUUGUAUAAUAAAGUUUUAACAUGAAAAUUC